CACUGAAAAUUAUCCUCACAUCCUUCGCGUUGUUUUUCACCUAUGCUAUAACAACGUCAGCAGCUUAGCAACGGGUGUCACGGGCAAGAUAAUAAGAAUUAUGUAACUUACUGUAUGUGUGUCCUGGAUGAUUACAGAUAUCUACUGUACUCCGGAGUCUAAAACGUCAGCAUUCCUUCAUUAAUAAGGAUGUUUUCUGGUUCCGGUCUUCACCUUUCAUAAGUGGUCUCUGGUUUAGUGCAAUCUGAUAAGUAGAAGAAAGGAAUGGACACCACAAAGUGGAAUAAUGCAGAUCCAUACAGCAGGGGCAAUAAAAGUAGAAAUGGUGAAACUAUGAGCAACAGAACUAACAUAUCACAAGAACCUUUGGAAAACAUACAAGAAGAAAUCAGGAGCCUUGUACCAGCCAACAUCAGGCACAAGUAUGGUAGCUCCAUGGUUAGCAAGCUUAUCUCUCCAGAGCAGGUGAGAAGCUGCCUGAAAGAACAGGAGGGAACACGCUACGCACAAAACUAUCAUAUACCCAGAUUUGGCAUGAAAUCCGGGACCAGAGAGGACUGUCCAUACAAGGCAUACUAUGAACUAGGACAGUGCCUACGUAGUAAUAUUUUCCCAGGGGUGCCCAUAAAACAGCAGAGCUUGAUGCAGGAUUGCUACACUGCAGAAGUAAAUGAAAAAGGGAUAUUGGAUAAACACAAUAAACAUCACUGGCAUGGAAAGAAGACAGAUGACUUAGCCAUUUGGUCUCAGAUCCUAAUGAAGAGAAAUGCCAUUGACAAGCUCCUGCAGAACCAGCCCAAACCAACUCGCACCAUCCUGCUGCCCAUCCGGAAUAAUAUCCUCAGAGAUGUUCCAGCGCCUCUGCCGCCACCAAAAGAAAAGCCUAAAAAAUGGAGACCUAAGACUAAGAAGCCAGAGGUAGCCCAUCCCCCAGUCACACAGUCCAGACAAGAGGAUGAUUUUUGGGACUUCUAUGAUAAACCCAUCCAAUGAUGUAGCUGUAAAAUACUUGUCUCUCUAACCUGAUCUUAUCUGGUAUACAGUUAGAAAAAACUGAUACAAUGUUCAGCAGGAUGCUACAAACUUUAUGUUGUGUCAUUUUAUUUAUUUUAAUGCAUUUGUUUUGUUCAUAAGACACAUACAUUAUCAAAAAGUUAUUAAUGGACAAGAAGUAAGCAAAAAAUGAAGCACCAACAUAAAGUCUUUUUAAUAGGUUGUUGGGCCACCAUGUCUGGCUACUAAAGCUCAUAUGCUCUAUUAGUUACCAGCCCAUCAAAAUGAUGGAACAACGUAGCGGUAAUGUCAGAGCCGGUGGCUGUGUGCACCAGAAAGCAGCAACACUUGAAUUACUCUUUUGGGUGCUGUCUAGUGGCCACUGGCGCGCAAACCACUUGAAUUCCCUCCAGAGAGGUGAUGAGCAACUUCUGGAAUUGUGCAAGAGUUGUAGCACCAUUCUUCUGUAAUAAAGUGCCACAACUGGUGCCUGGUUGAUGGUGGUGGAAAAUGUUGUCAAAGGCGGAGUUCCAGAAGAUCCCAUAAGUAUUUGGUUAAGAUCAGAUCUGGUGACUAGAAAGGACAUGACACAUGGAGAAUAUCAGCAUCAGGCUCAUCAUUUCACAGGGGGACAUCUUAUCAGUGACGUGCGGUGGGGGGAGGCAGGUGAGGCAGAGCCUUUCCUGUCAUACUUACGUUUAAACCAGAGUUUUGACUGAAUAAAAUAUAUGAAAAAUACUGAUAAUUUGUUUGAAUUAUCUUCUUUGCAUUAUUCUAAUAAUUUUUAUAGCCCAAACUCUGGAGUAAAAAGUCUAUGGCAGGUGAGGCAGUGCCUCACCUGUGUAUCCUUUCCACACAUCUCUAAUGAAAACUCACCAGAUUUUCAGGAGUUUAUAAUGCUGCACCUGUGUAUAAUGCCCAGAUGUACCUUUUGGCUCAUAUAUUGCAUGUAAAUUUGGCUCUGGAGUUAGCCAGUGCCUCCUGAGCCAUUUAGAUCACCGCACGUCCCUGCAUCUUAUAAUAUUGGAUUGAGGCUUUGUAAUCCUGGGAGGCUGUGAGGAAAGAAAUGCUGCAACAUGGAGUGAAACAUUACCCUUGUUUUUUAAGGGAGUGGCUGAACCCAGACUAUGGAAAGUAUUCAGCAAGGAUUGCAAUAACCGCAGCUGCAUUGUGAUCACGAUCUCUAUGCAAUUUCUGUUGCUAUUUUUGCUCAUGCGUGCGCAGUGCGUAUGCUGUGCAUGUGCAGGCGUUGGAUAAUCGGCCGGAUUGAGAAUCACAAAUUUUACAAUCCUUACUGAAUAAGGUCCUAUGCCAGGAAUCAUCACUCCACAACAUAGCAGAACUAGAACAAGACAAGCAUCCAGGACCACAAAUCAUUUAUAUUGGUGAUACUGUACAUUUUAGUAAUGAAAUACAUUGCAUCAAUUUACUCAUAGUGCCUACAACAUAUGCGGGGCUACUGGUUUCAUGUCAAUCCCAGCAUUUUCCUCCAAACUGUUUCUUUCUCUUCUCUCCCAGGCUCAGUAUGUACUUGUACUGGUUUUAUGAAUGAUUUCUUAUGACUUUCAGUGCAUCAGGGAUCUAUG